AUGUUCUUAUUUGUCAUUGGACAUAAUGAACGACAUCGUGUAGUUGCUGACCGAUUUCAACAAUCCACCUCAACUACAUCUGAAUACUUUAGGAAACUUUUGAAGGCGGUAUGUCGUUUAUCCAAAGAAUUAAUUACUCCACCUUUGUUUGAUGUAGUUCUUUUAGAAAUUCAAUAUCCAUUUUUCAAGAAUUGUGUAGGAGCUAUAGAUGGGACUCAUAUCUCAGCUCAUGUCCCCAUUGAUGAACAAAUACCAUAUCGAGGUCAGAAGGUGGAUACAACUCAAAAUGUCAUGUGUAUAUGUUCAUUUGACAUGAAGUUCACAUAUGUUGUUGCUGGAUGGGAAGGAUUAGCUAAUGAUGCACGAAUUCUGUCAGAAUGUGCCACAAACCCAGGUUAUGAAUUCCCAGCUCCACCCAAUGAUCGUAAUCCUCCAGGAAAAAGGGAGUUGUUCAAUUAUCGACAUUCUUCUUUGAGAAAUGUCAUUGAGCGGUGCUUUAGCAAAAAGACAUAUAUUGAUGGAGAUGAAGACAUUCCUGAAGUACAAGAUGCUACUAUACAAAGCACCCACGAAAUUUUGAAUGAUAGUGUUGAGUUCAGCAUUUCAAGAGAUCAAAUUCGUGAAAUGGCUAAUGUCCGUGAUAAAAUUGCUGAUCAUAUACAGAGAGCAAAUUGA